AUGAAGCAAGAGAAAAUUCUGAAAGUUGAUGUGGCAAUCAUCGGGGCAGGAUGGUACGGCCUCGCGGCAGCCAGAACGUAUUUGAAGUUACAACCAACUGUGAAUCUUCUCAUCAUUGAUUCAGACAGUACCGUAGGAGGGCUGUUCAACUAUUCCGACAAGCCUAUGCGGCCACACGGUGGUAACCCCAAUGAUCCCCGAGUCACAGGGGAGAUGAUUCAUGGUUAUCUCCAGGAGUAUGCCGAAGACCACGACCUCAUUCGGCGAAUCCGAUUCAACACAUUUGUCGAGACGGCUACCAAGUGCGACAGAGGCUGGCGGCUUGCAUUGCAGUCGUUCGAUGACGUGGUGGAAACACAAAAGCUGUUGGUGGCCACCGGCGUUACAUCCAUUCCGUUCAUGCCGAAUCUGUCUAUCGCUUCGGCGGAGCCGAUUCCGCUCAUUCAUUCCAAAGACUUGGGGUCCCUUUAUGAAAAGGUGUCCGACCCCGGAGUCCAGAAUGUCGUCGUGGUAGGCGCAGCCAAGUCGGCCUACGACGCUGUCUAUCUCCUCUUAACCAUGGGCAAAAAGGUAACAUGGCUAAUCAGGAGUCAAGGCGGGGGGCCCCUUGCAAUCCUGCCAUUCAAGAUACUCAAUCUGGUGAACUCGAUUGCAUUCGCUUCAACCCGGCUCAUGACGCAUCUUUCCCCUUCGAUCCUCAACACGCAGGGUGUCGCGUACUGGUUCUUUCAACGGACGUUCAUUGGACUCUGGUUUGUCUCGGUAUUCUGGAGCUUUUUGGACUAUAUCAGCGGAUUACAUGCCGGAUACGGAGCUGGGGAUCAUGUUCAGAUGCUCACCCCCGAGAUAGAUCGUCAAAGCGUCUUCUGGGCUCACUCUGGCCUCGGGGUUGUCACGCUACCGAACUUUUGGGAAACAUUACACGCAAAAAGCCUCAACAUCCGUCGCGACGAGAUCAAAAGUUUGGAAAGUAACGGCGUCGUUCUGAAGUCGGGUCUCUCUCAUAGCGCGGAUCUCGUCGUAAUGUGUACGGGCUGGGCAGACCACUUUACGAUGUUCAACACAGACCAGAAAGCGAUGAUAGGCCUGCCCGAGUACGGAGUCGAUACCUACUCGUCGAAGUCGGACGCCGAGGGUCAACGCAACCCAUCGGCCAUCAACUGGGAGAGCUACGACAUGGCUGCCGAUCGAGAAGUCGAUGCGAGGCUGCCAUUCAUCAUUAACAGGCCAAAACUGAAAUUUGCUUCGAGACUUGACCCUCGGACCCAGAAGAAGUGGCGAUUAUACAAGCGCGCGAUUCCGGUGGAGAUGGCGCUGAAAGGCGACCGCUCGCUCGUUAUUCUCGGCCAAAUACACACAAUCCAGACGCCGCUCGUGUCGGAAGUCCAGUCACUCUGGGCCAUUCAUUAUCUUCAAGGGGAGUUGCCAGUUCCCGACCUCGACACGAUGGCUACUGAGGUGGCUUUGUGGAACGCCUGGACACGGAAGCGGUAUUUAAAUCAAGGCCAAAAGUUUCCGUACUCCUUGUACGAUUUCCUUCCGUACGUUGAUAGCUUGUUCAAAGACUUGGGACUGAACAGCCGUCGCAAAACCAACCCGGUGUCUGAGAUGCUGGUUUCUUACCGGCCGAACGACUUUAGAGGCUUCGUUAACAAGUACAUGGAUCAAAUUCAGCGGAAGCGGGUGAGGUCUGGGGAGCGAGGAUGA